GACUCACAGUUACAAUGAAGGAGUCGAAAUCUGGCCACAACUCUCUCUGGCGUCGUCGUAAUAAGCCUGGUUGAAUAAGAGACUGGAUUUGACGGUCAACCUUGUCCCCUCGUUCGCCGACUUUUCCAGCUUGGCUCCUGCUCAGGGACGAAGAAAGACCCCGACUGAAUUACUUCGUGAACUGGAGUGCCUCGAAAGGUUUCAACAUCGGUGAAGUCUCAUCAUGAGCGGCCCCAGCAUCGACGGACAGGCGCCCGAGUGGGCUCCCGACUCGUGGCGGUCAAAGCCGAUCAAGCAGUGCCCGGAGUACCCAGACAAGGCCGCCCUCGCGAAGUCGGUGUUGGCGCUCAACCGGCUGCCGCCCAUCGUCCACCCGCGCGAGAUUGUUCAGUUGAAGCAGCACCUCCGGGAUGUCGCCCAGGGGAAGGCCUUUCUGCUCCAGGGCGGUGACUGUGCCGAGCUGUUCGACUACUGCGAGCAGAAUGCCAUCGAGUCCAAGAUCAAACUACUCCUGCAGAUGAGCUUGGUGCUUGUCUGGGGCGCCAACAAGCGGGUUGUGCGCAUCGGCCGCAUGGCCGGGCAGUACGCGAAGCCGCGGUCGAGUCCCAUGGAGACCGUCAACGGCCGCCAGCUGCCGUCGUUCAGGGGGGACAUCCUGAAUGGCUUCCAUCCGGACGAGCGGGAGCUGGACCCUGACAGGCUAGUCAGGGCCUACCAUCACUCCUCAGCCACUCUGAACUACAUCAGGGCAGCCCUCGCCUCUGGCAUUGCCGAUCUGGACAAACCCCUCGACUGGGGUCUCGGCCACGUGCGCGAUCCGGUGCUCAAGGCGAAGUACGAAAAGGCCGUCAACUUCCUCAAGGACAUGCGGAGCUUCAUGCACACCAUUGGCGCCGAGAGCGACAAGUUUCACACGGUUGACCUGUUCACCAGCCAUGAGGGCUUGCUCCUCGAGUACGAGCAGCCGCUGACCAGGCUGCUCGACGACCCGACGUCGCCCGCCUCGCGGCCCAAAAAGACAUAUUACAACACGUCGGCCCACUUUCUCUGGAUCGGCGACCGCACCCGGCAGCUGGACCACGCGCACGUCGAGUACUUCCGGGGCAUCGCCAACCCGCUCGGUGUCAAGGUUGGGCCGACGACGCCCACAUCAGACCUGCUCGCGCUGCUGCGCACGCUCAACCCGUCGCGGGAACCGGGCAAGAUCACGCUCAUCACGCGCUACGGCGCCGACAAGGUAGCGUCCCUACUUCCCGCACAUAUCCGGGCCGUCGAAGACAGCGAGUACGCGCGCACGGUGGUGUGGCAGUGCGACCCGAUGCACGGCAACACGCAGUCGGUCAGCGGGGGGAUUAAGACGCGGCGAUUCAGCGACAUCUUCAGCGAGCUGCAGCAGACGCUGCGCAUCCACAAGGAGCAGGGCAGCUACCUCGGGGGUGUGCACCUCGAGCUCACGGGCGAUGCCGUGACCGAGUGCCUCGGCGGGAGCGAGGGCCUGGACGAGGAUGACCUGUCGACCAACUACACCAGCUUCUGCGACCCGCGGCUGAACGAGAAGCAGGCGCUGGAACUGGCCUUCUUGAUUGCCGAUCACUAUCGUAGCGAGAGGGAGGAGGAGUUGGCUUGAGCUCUGUUUCUGGGGGUCUUGGUAUGAUAUGCGUGAUUUUAUCUCCCUUGGGUACCGAGUGUGAGGACACAAUGGGAUGCACAAUUGGAUGGCAUAAAGCCUACUUGCAAUAUUCACCGGCAGGACUACCUACAUGAAUUGCAGGCCUUCCCGUCCCCGCUGAUUCCACCGCUUCACAGGGCAGCCAAUGUAAACAACACGUAGGGCUACGAGCUCGGUCGGCUUCACGUGUGCAUGCCGUCAGACCUGUUGCUUGCCUUCCUUAUAGCUUGUACCCCGAAAAAUGGUUACCGACAUUGCUAGGGGUUGGGUUGCACAGCCUAAGGAUGCACCUUGCCGUGGGCAUUAGGCGUGACUGUACGGUGACAUUGGCCCACUUCCAGACGAUCGAACGAGAGGCGAGAGGGGUAAAGGGGACAUGGAGCUGGUAGGAGCUUACAGUC